UAAUCAGAGUGAGACUCACCUUCAUUCACUUACAUCAACAUCUUCCAAUCUCUACACUCUCAUCAUUUCCUUUUUUUCUUCUUCUUUCUUUUUCUUCUCUUUGUAAUUUUUAGAUCUACGUAUUCACUCGAACCCAUUAACUCCAAUAUCGAGAUCAACAAUAACCAUCAGCUUAUUGCCAAAGCAUAGGGGGAAUAAGAUCAAAGUUGAGGUCUUUAAAAGUUUAGAAUCCGAGGCAUAGAAUUCUUGAGACCUCAUUACGAUUCCGUUUGAACCAAACAGUAUCUGUAAAGACCACUUUCAAAGAAAAAGAGUUUGGUUCUCUUUUGAAGCUAAAAUUUUUAUUUUUUAAGGGUGUGCGUAAAGAGUUGGCUUUAGCAUGCGUGUAUUGGUUUUUAUAAUAAAGGGAGGAGCGUCCAACAAAAGAAAGACCAAGUGAGUAAACAAUGAAGAAGAGUGGAGGUGCCAAUGGAGAAUCCAAGAAGAAGGAACGGCAUAUUGUUACGUGGAGUCAACAGGAAGAUGAUAUACUGCGGGAGCAGAUUAGCAAACAUGGAACAGACAAUUGGUCAAUUAUUGCAUCAAAAUUUAAAGAUAAAACAACCAGACAGUGUAGAAGAAGAUGGUACACAUACUUGAAUUCGGAUUUCAAGAAAGGGGGAUGGUCACCUGAGGAAGAUAUGCUGUUAUGUGAGGCCCAGAAGAUAUUUGGUAAUAGAUGGACAGAAAUAGCCAAGGUGGUUUCUGGGAGAACGGAUAAUGCUGUCAAGAACCGGUUUUCUACAUUGUGUAAGAAAAGAGCAAAAUAUGAAGCCUUAGCUAAAGAGAAUAACAAUUCAUACAUGAACACAAACAAGAAGAGAAUUUUAUUCCAAAACGCGUUCAAUGCAGAUGGAACACCAGAAAAUACAGCGCCAGUUAAGAGAGUUAGAAGGUCCCACAUCCCUGAUCUUGCACAAAGCUGCAACAUUAUAAACAGAUCACAUAGGCAGUCUGGAACAACAAUGAAUCCGCAGUUAAGACCUCCAUUUACAGUGUUGGUUCAAAACUUACCCAGUGUCAACAGCUUGCCAGCCCAGCAUCAGCAUCGUGAUAUCAAGGAGAUUUCAAAUAAUGCACCUCAGAACAAUAAAACACAAGUAAUGUUUCUUAAGAAGGAUGAUCCAAAGAUAACUGCUUUGAUGCAACAAGCGGAACUUCUUAGCUCACUUGCACUGAAAGUUAAUACAGAGAACACAGAACAGAGUUUGGAAAAUGCUUGGAAGGUUGUUCAAGAUUACCUGAACCGAAGCAAAGAAAAUGAUAUCCUAAGAUAUACAAUCUCUGAUAUCGGUUUUCAGUUCGAAAAUUUUAAAGACUUGAUAGAGGACUUAAGGAGCAGUAAUGAGGAAAGUCAUCCAUCCUGGAGGCAACCAGAUCUAUAUGAGGACUCUCCAGCUAGCUCUGAAUAUAGUACUGGAUCAACUCUAAUUCCUCAUCUAGCCAGUGAAAAACCAGAUCAAAUUCAAGCUGAGGUUGACAUACUGCAUCAGAAUAUUGGAGCUGAAUUACAAUCGAUGAAUAAUGGAGAGCAACAUUGCUUGGAGGAACAAAAUAAAGGGCAUGCAAAGACAAAUGAAGUGGAGUUAUUCCCCUCUGGUGGUGAAAUCACAAACAACAAUGGAAUUGUUUCUGUCUCAUCAAUUACAGAGUUCAGUUCCCCCAUCCAGGUUACCCCACUAUUCAGAUCCUUAGCAGCAGGAAUCCCCAGCCCAAAAUUCUCAGAAAGCGAGCGGAAUUUCCUUCUAAGAACACUUGGAAUAGAUUCCCCUUCUCCCAAUCCAAGCACCAAUCCUGUACAGCCACCUCCUUGCAAAAGAGCCCUUCUUCAAAGUCUAUAAACAACUUAUCCACUCACUCACAGAAAUCUAAAUGGUCCAAAUCUAAACCACUAUAUCUCAUCUUUGAUCCCCAGGGGGAGUGUAGCAUAUAUUAAGUUUUUUGCCUUCUCUUGUUUGAAGCCUAAAAUUUUACAACUAGGCUUAUACAAGAUCUGCAUUCCAAGAGCCCUAGUCUAGAAUGUUGUUGAGCAUUCUGGACUCUCAGAAUCAUCUAACAUGUUCUGAGUGUAUUUCACCUUUUUUCUUAAAUUUUCUCUUUGAUUUCCCUAGUAGAGGAAUACCCUAAUACUUGCUAAAGCCCCCGCGUGUUUCCAUUAAAUGUGUGUCAUUCUUUUGCUUGUCUUCUCAUGUGAUUGGGUUCGGGCAUACCUUCUUCCAAUCCAGUUUUUGGCCUUGAUUUGUAAUUUGUACAGAACCCACUACAUAAACCCCUACUCAGAGUGUAAUUAUACAUCGGGCAGCUCGCCAAUAUAUAAUUAAAGAAACAGAAGAAAAAAAGAGUCAAAGAAGAUUAACCAGUUGAUUGGAUUUGUAAUGUUUUUUUGUUUUUUGAUCUUUUUUUUGGGUGUGCAAAGGGUAUAGAAUAAGUUUCUGCCUUAUUAUUAUUUUUUUUUUUCAUUUCCAUGAUUUCUAAUGUAAUGUAAUUUGAUAUUAUCAGUGUGGAAAUCUGUUUUGGCGUUGGCUUGCAUA